AUGUCUGGAUCGUCAUCAUCAUCACCAUCAAUCAAAAGUUAUAGAGGAAUUAGCGGUGCUUCAACCAUUGAACACAACCCUGACACUUCCAAAUACACCAUCAGAUUUGGCGGAACUGCAAUUGAAACCACAGUCACUGACAAAUCAACCGUUGUUGAUCAAUGGGUUGAAGACAUGAACGCUCUAUAUGCAACAAAUUCAUCCAUUGUUGUUGGCAUAGAUAUUGAACGGUGUGCCAUAAGAAACAAAUCCGCAACAUUGAAUCUUUGCAUUGAUAAGAAGUGCCUUGUCGUGCAGCUCUUCUACAUUGACAAUUUGCCUAAGCUUGCCUUGGAAAGAUAUUCCCACUGGUGGCCAUCAUGGGCUGAUCCGCCGAGUUUGAAGGAUCUAGCUAACGAUCUGGUUCGUUUGAGUAUGAAGAAGCCUAAGCUUGUGAGUUUGAGUAAUUGGGGAGCUAGGGUUUUGAGCAUUGAACAAGUUGAGUAUGCAUGCGUUGAUGCCCAUGUUUCUUACCAGAUUGGUCACAAGCUUCUCAGGGAUGAUUGA